AUGUCCCUCUCUCAAAAAUCGACUGCUAACAUGGCCGACGUCGCACAGGGUGUGGCCAAUGUUGUCCAGGAUGAAGUCGAUGUUGACGUCGUCGAAAAUGAGGCCGCACUUCUCACCCCGCUGAAAAAAGGGUGCGUGAAACGUUCCCGCCAAAAAUUCUUGAAAUCCCAUCUUGAAGAAUACAAGACUGUGCUACUCGUCUCUCACGAAAAGGCCACCUCCUUCCUCGACGGCAUCGUUAAUCUAUGGUUUUCGAUGUAUCACUGGUCAAUCCCAGUCACCCAGGAAGAGUUGCCGACAUCACUGCCUUUCCCUACCGGCACCGACGGUUUCGAGAUAUUGACCAAGAAGCAAGCAACCUUGAAAGGGAAGGUGAUCGAGCGUAUGAGAAAGUCAUUGUACAAUUGGUUCGACCAUCGCUCUAAAAAGAUGAAGACCUUGAAGUGGUCGAAGAGUACCAAAGACCCCUUGUCUAUUUUAGUCAACCACCUCCUGGGUUAUGCAGGCCCAGCCAAGCUCCGCACUGGCUGGGAAAUGUGGGGCACGGCCAACUACGAGUCCCUCAGGGAACCCUUCAAAGAGCCGUUUAGAGAGAGCGGCAAACCUGAAAAACACUGCGCGACUUUUCGGAACUCAUUCAAGAAGAAGGAAUUUCACAAACUGAGUGAAGAAGAACAGAAGCAGUGGGCCGAUGAUGCCAUCGAGGCCCACAACACGGCGAAGAAGGCCUGGGAAGGCGAUAAAGAGAUGAGCCCUGCUGAGGCACAAAGAAGCAUUCGAUGGUCUCACAAAUCUUUUGGGACCGUUGCUGGAAAGGAUUGGACAAGCACUCAACAUGCAUGUUUCGGUGUUUGUGGGUGGCCCAGAGCCAAGGUUGGGGGGGAACAUCAAUGUGAUAAGUGUUCAUCACAGCGUCAACAAGGCACCCUCACCGCAGGUUUGGCCUUACGCCGAUAA